UGGUCCUCCACCUCCCCAAUCAUUGGUCCUAGAUCUUAGUAGUAGCCAGUCGAGUAGGUUAAGGAAGGUGGAUGAUUUGCUUGGGUCAAAAUUCACAAAACUUGAGUGCUGUGGCUGUGAAUGUUGUGACUAUUUUUUUCAAACUAUAGCGAGUGUGUUAUGUGUCGAUAAUUUAGGACUGACCAGUUAGUGACACUGCUUAUUGAGUGCAGAUAUAUUGAAUCAUUGACGAAAAAAUCAAUCAAGAUUCAAGACAGUUCUACCAAAAUGAGUAGCCCAUCCGGUGGCCCAUCAAGAGAAGAUCUGGAGAAACAAGAUGCUUUAUUUCGGUUUAUUGACCUUAUGGUUAGACAAACUUGUCGUAGGGCCUAUUACGAGAAAGAAUUACUAAUUAAAGCUUCCAAAGAUGAUGAGGAGAGUAUAUAUUCAAAUGACUAUUUAACAAAGAUUUAUGGUAAACCUCGUGAAUAUAUUUAUCAAUUAGUCAAGAAUCCAAAAAAGACACUCAAGGGUCUGAGAGUAGAUAACGUUGAAUUCCUCGAAAGGGAUGAAGACGGAUAUACGCAAAUUGAAGAAAAGAUGCUCCUUGAUUUUGUCAAGAAGGUUCAUGAGCAUGCUCCUAAGGCACAUUUGGUUUGGAUUGAUUUACAACAUUAUUUGUUUUACGCCUACAGACGCUUUGCAAGUUGGAGCCCAAAAGCUGCAACAGAAACUCUUUCUUCAUAUUUUGUUUGUGAAAUGAGAGAACUCAUUAACUGUUUACGAACUGAAGAUGAAAGUCAACUUUGGCUAAGAGUGUUUACACUCUUAAGAGAAUAUUGUAUUUUUGCACAGUGGCAUUAUAGUCACAAUGAUAAAGAAGAAGCAUUGGCAAAAUUCAUUAUCUAUUAUGAAGCGAUGCUGACUGCUGCGAAAAGCUUAUUACCAGUUUUUGUUGAUUUCGAAAAUAUUUUGUACAAAAAUUAUGGAGUAUGUUGGAUUGAUUUCAACACUUUUAUUUUUAUAAGAUUUUUCUAUGAAAGUGAUAGAGUAAAAAUUAAAGUUGAUGAAUGUAUAAAGACAAAGAAAAGCCCAGGUGAUACUCCUCAAACAUUUGCAUUAUUGAAUAAAAUUAGAAAGACAUGGUCUACACAUCAUACUCAAACAUCUCUUAUUAAUGAGGCAGGCAAACUUCCUGAAAACUCAGUAGAAGCACUAAAAGAAAAAAAGUUGCUAUCACUUCAUAAAGAAUUACUUUCAGCUACUUUCUGGGUAGAUCGGAGUGAAGAGUUAAAACAGAAUAUAGACCUCAGCAGAAUGGAUCAUAACCUUUUUGAUUUGCUUAGAGAUAGACACUUUUAUCCAGAGGGACCAGGCUUAAACAAAAAUGGACAAUGUAUUUGUGAAGAAUGUUUGAUAGCAAAAUAUAAAAUAUAUUUGGAUUCGAAUGAUGACUUUUCUUGCAUUGCCACUGAAGAGAGGACCACAUUUUGUCGGAAAUGUAAAAGUAUUGUUGAUCUGGACCUAUUUCAUCGACACUUAAACAGGCACACCGACGAUAUACCACUUCAAAAAGAAAUUCCCAAACAAAAUUUGACUCAUCCAUCAAUAGACAAAAUAGACUUUCCCAUAGUCAGCACCAGCGACCCUACAAGCCUCUGUGAAAUGUUUAGCGACAAACUUAAAAUAUCAGGUGGUGAAUCUUUACAUUCUAUUGAACAUAAUAAGCCAAAAAAACAGGAUCCAAAUUUGACUAAAACAACAAACCAUGAAAAAUUGGUGCAAUCCAAAAAAGAUUCAAAAAGUGGUGAAAAGGUUAAGAAUGGUAGGUCACCAAGUCUUAGGGAUGAACUAAUUGCUAAUGGAUUCGGGAAAGCGCUAGGGGAUGGUUCCAACCAGUUAGCUUCACCACAUGUUACUGCUGAAAAAUUAGCAGAAGUCGAAUUAAUGUUGAGGGAACUGAGAAAACUAGGACACAAGCCCAGUCAUACAAUGUUAUGUAAAAGUGGCGGUUCUGUUUCUGAAGAAUUUGAAGUUGCGACACCACAUGAUGAGCACCUACAACCGAAAAAAUGUGAUUGUACUUAUUGUGAAGUGUUUGGAGGUACAAAAGUUGUGCAACCCAGAACCAGAUUGAAAAUUAGAUUAUGCAAAAGGCGAGAGCAUAAAAAAGAAAAUGAUAUUGACCAAAAAAUUACCCCUGAAGAAAAUAAUAGGCCUAAAACAGACAACAGGGUUCCUGUACCGCCAUCGCCAGAUUCUUCAGAUUUCGAAGCUGAGAAAAAUAAUGAGGUACGAGGAUUAGUAAACUACAUUGUAGGCAGUGAAGCCAAAACCAAAGCAGAACUUGCACAGAAAAAAGCGGCAAAAAAAGCUCGGCAAAGAGAAAAAAAAGAACAAGAAAAACUUCAAGGAGAAUUAGAAAUUCAACGCAAGCUAGAAGAACAAAUUAGACAAGAAGAAGAAAGGCAAGAGAUAUUAAAAAUGCAACGAGAAAAGUUGGAGGAAGAGAAGAAGCUUGAAGAAACAAAGCUGAAGAAAAAGCUGAAAAAAAUACGCCAAGCUGAAAAACGCCAGGCAAUAGCUCAGCAGAAAGAUCCAAUUGAAGAAACCAUGCCUGCAUGGGUUACUAUCAAAAGACCACCAGGCGGGGAAAAUGGAGCGCCAUCAGUUAUCAUAACCCUUCAAGGAUGCACGCCCAUUCAGGACAAAUUGUUGACGUCAUUAGUUGAAAAACCGGCAGAUGUUGAGAUGCAAAAUAUGGAUAUCAAAGCUCCAUCAACCACUAAAACUUCAACAACUGAAAGUAAUGGUGUCAAAAAAAAAAUUAAAAAUAUGAAGCCUAAUCCAGAGCCUCUCGAAGCACAUCAGCUCUCAAUCUCACCAAAACUUAUAUCAAAAGGAGUAACUGUCACUCUGGCUGUUGAUAAAAAUCCAGUUCCAAUUGAGCCAAAACCAAUAAUAAUUGAUCCUUUUCAAGGGCAGCGUAGAAAGAUAAAAGAAAAAGAAGAGAAGAGGGAAAGAGAACCUACAGAAGAAGAAAUCAGAUCUCUUGGAAAUUUAAGAUUGCCUCCGGGAAUUACUUUAACAAAAAUUGAAGGACCAGUAUCAAAUUUGAAUUACUCGGAAUCUGAUUCGGCUAACAGAUCUUCUAUGAUGAGCAAAUCAGGUGUGAUUGUAGUAGACACUGAAAAGUUGAUAAAAAAAAAUGAAGCUGAAGCCUUGAAACAUCCCACAAAAUUGAGUAAAAAUAAAAAAAAUAAAAAAAAAUCAGGAGGUCAGAUGAAGACGGAAACAAAAGAUAAACCAAAAAUGGUGACUCUAAAAAAUCCUAUGUUCCAGAAACUACAAAGUCAAAAUCUUAGUAAAACUGCUUUAGCUCCAAUAGAAGAAUUAGCUCCGGCUGCAAUAUUUACUACUGAAAAUGGUAUGGUAACGAUCAGAAGUUCCAGGUUACAGCAAUCUCUGAAAAAUGAUCUCAGCAAACCACCAACUUCCGCUCCAUUAGGAAUGCCCUCAAAUCCGAAUCUAUUACCUGAGAUGUCUAACUUUUUGAAUCCGAACCAUUUGCGACCAACAGUAUCUUCCAAUAACAUAGAAGAACCUAUGGAACUAGAGAGUAAGAAAACUACCAUCGCUCCUAUAGAUGCCCAAGAAAUUUUAUUGGGCUUGCCAGGUAUUGAGAUAACUAAAAUUGAGAAAAAUGCCAAACCUGAGAACAUGCGUCCUAACAAUUCUUGUCAAAAUGCCGAAGUUUCAAUUAUCCCAUCUAAUGGACCUGAGUUUAAUUUGGAUUUCGAUAAGGAUGAUGACUGGCUGUAUGAUGAUAAUAUAUUCAAACCGAGAGACGUAUUAGAGGAUGAUAUGGACGACGAAGAGCUCGAAAUUGAAGAGUUCAAACGAUUUUGCCAAGAAUCAUCUAUUCCACCAAAAGAGAAAACAGUUGCUCACUUCAACGUAGCCGACAUUAUAUUGAAAAACAAACUUAAGUGAGGCUUACUGAUGGACUGCCAAACUAGUUUUAAAAUCGCUAAAUGUGACUAGUUUAUUUGUACUACUAUUCUUUAUUCGUGUUUAUUUCUGUCCUGAUAUAUAACUUUAUGAAUUUGACAUGGGUUAUAGUCCCAUCACCCACGUGAAAUCCAUAAAACUAUUAUUUAUGUUUACUUAAAACCUACUGUAUACUGGUAUUAAUGAAUAAUGUGGAGGAUAAUCGGUACUAAUCGCCAAACCUAACCUAUUGCGUACGCAUCGAUUGCGUACUGUGUAACGCUACUGGUGCAGUAUUUUCAAACCAAACCUUAGAAGACUAUGACUAGAAGUAUAUGACUGGUUUGAGGAUAAGAAAAGCGCGCAUCGUAUCCACAGAGCAAAAUAAGGACGAUAGGGUAUUGAGUCUGCAAUGGGCCAACGAACAGCAAGACUGGACUAUCAAGGAAUGCGAAAAUUGUUUAUUGUCCAAAUGGUUCCAAGUGUUGGCAUAUGAUUUAUAUAGAAAAUUGUGUGUUGAUUAAUAGGUUUAACUCUAGCGGCCAUCCAUCAUGCAAUUGUGCAAAAAUACCAAACACUCUAGUGUUCGGCAUCUUCAAGAAAUCUGUUGCCACAAAUAACUGAAGGUGAACUGAUGCGAUGUUACUUUAUUGAGUGUUUUUGUGGAGUUGUUCCAUUACCAGCAGUGGUGGAUUUCUGGGGGUGGGCGGGGUCAAUACUAAUGAUAUUAACCCAAUCAUUUUGGGAACGCAAAAUGUUAUCCAAAAAUUAUUUUAAUACAUUUAUUUAUGUAUUUUUUUAUUUAUUUAUUCAGGGGCAAAAAAACAAUUGUAUAGUAAAAAUAUAUAUGAAACGUUUUAGCUAUUAACAAUAGUGUCAAUAAUCAAAUUACUAUGACAAUGUAUAAUGUGAAAAUAUCACAAGAGUGAACCAUUGAAUUGACCAAACUCGCGAUCAUUCAAGGCAGAGUGAUAGAAAGUCUAAAAACCAAGCUUUCAAACACCUGGCGGAUUGCAGUAAUCUUCAUAGUGGGUGUUUGGAAAUUGCUGUUCCAUUUUUCACUACUGGAAUUGCCAUAAGCUAGAAGAGAAAUUAUCAUGAGUCAAAAUUUCGUAUGGAUCAGAAAAAUAGGAAAAAAGUACGCACUUUUAAUGUUUUAUGGUAUGAUGGUUGUGUGAAAGUAUUACAAAAAACGGACUGUAUUUUAGGCUGUGUUUGUUACUUACAAACAUUUGGACGAUGGCCAUGAAAGCUUAACUCAACUAAUUCAUGAAUGGCCAUUCAUCUUACGAUGGUCUACCGAUUAUCCUCUAUUUUGAUAAAUGUGUUUUUUUUAUUUGUUUUGCAAAAUUUAUGAUUAGUUUCAUUUUUAUAUAAAAAAAAUUUGAUCAAUAAAAUUGAUGUUAUCAUAACCUUUUAUACGCAUUUAUUUGCUCCUAACUGAACCACUAGCCAUUAAGGUCAACAAAACCAGAAAUAGUCAAUUAUUCCUUAUUUUAUGUACAGGGUGUCCGAAUUUGGAUGGUUUUAAUAGGAAACGUCAAUUUCUGAGCGAGAUACAAA